CAUGAUCAAAUCCUUCCCCACCGCCCCUCCCCUCCCCCUCCCCUCCCCCACCCGCCCCUCCGCCUCACCCGCCGCUCCUUCCUCUUCUCCACCGCCACCGCCACCACCGCCGCCACCUCCCUCGCCCUCCCGGCCGCCUCCCUUCCAUUGCCGCAGCCGCCGCUCGACACCACCAUCACCGACCGCGUGUUCAUGGACUUCGCCAUCUGCCCCAACUACUUCCGCCCCGACCGCGCCAUCUCCGACGACCUCUCCACCCUCUGCGCCGACUCCGUCCCCCUCGGCCGCCUCGUCCUCGGCCUCUACGGCCACCUCGUCCCCCUCACCGUCGCCAACUUCAAGUCCAUGUGCACCGCCCCCGGCACCUCCUACCGCAACACCCUCGUCAACAGGAUCUUCCCCGGCCAGUACUUCCUCGCCGGCCGCCAGGGCCGGCGGGACAAGGGCGAGGUGCGGCCGCCGCUGUCGGAGCUGACCCGCAACACCGAGACGGUGGACUCGCGGGCCUUCCUCCUGCGCCACUCGAGGGCCGGCGUGGUCUCGCUGUCCCUGUCGGAGAACGACGAUGACGAGAAGAUCAAGAUGGACCCCGAGUACAGGAACGUGGAGUUCUUGAUCACCACAGGCCCUGGUCCGUGUCCCCAGUUGGAUAGCAAGAACAUCGUGUUCGGGACGGUGCUUGAAGGCUUGGAUGUCAUAACAGCAAUCGCUUCCAUUCCUACGUACAAACCCUCCGAGAAUAUCCGCCAAUUCAAUGACUUGGCUGAGUUUUUUGGGGACGAAAGAGCACAAAAUGCCCGUGCAAUGUGGAAUAAGCCUCUCAAGACUGUUUACAUCAGUGACUGCGGAGAGAUCAAAGUGUCGAAGCCUACCCUGACUCCUAGUUUACCUUAAUUCUAUCAGCAAAUAGAAUCAGGUUGUAUGUUCGUUGUACAUCCCAUACGCUGUUGGGCUCGAUGUGAAAUUUUUUCCAAAAUUUUGUACUCGGAGAAGAGUGGCAGUGAGAAAACCGAAAGGAAUUCUUGUCACUUGUAUUACCUCGUGAUAUGCAGCAAGCGAAGUGAUUGCUACAUGUAGUAUCAAUCAGUAGGGAGCUUCAGUUUCACUGUAUUCGAUCAGCAUAUGCUGGGAGCCACCGGAGCACCAGUUCUGUAGCCGGUCACCGUGUUUCAACCAGCCAAACGUGUAAGCAAGCAUCAAACUAUGGAAACUUGAUUUCAUCA